UUUUCCCAAGAUGCCUUGCACAGUUAAAGAAUCUGAUGUGCCCCAACUUUUCAGAGAACCCUAUAUACAAGCUGGCUAUCGCCCCACAGCGCUUCUGAAAGACAAUACGACGGGGUGGGAGGAUGAGAUAAUAUAACAAUACAGUCAACUCGAGCCAAAGUCAACCGCGGGCUCACGAAAAGCAGCACCUGAACCUACCAACCGAACUGAGCGCCUCGGCCGCUACUGCGCAAGCGCCCUUAAAAAAAAAGAGAAAGCCCAACUGUUGAUGGUUACCGAGGAAACGGCGUUGCUUAGUUACCGGUGAUAGCGGAUCCGUCCCUACCGAAGCCUUUCGCUGCUCGACCGUCCAUCAUGAGCCUUCAGCCGGUGCAAGGCUUGCCGCUUGUUCCAGGCUCGUCCUUUCGGGACCCGACGAAAACUGCUUUUCAUCGUUCCCAAACUCUAGAUUUCAAGAAUGGUUUUGCCUUUAAGAAACUUCCAACUGUGGGGAUAGGUGGAAAUCGGCUUUAUGUAAACCAAUUGUCUCAAGCUGAACUUGAUGAAUUAUCCAACAAGAGACCCACCUUAACUUAUGGUGAACCUAAACAAGCCCCACCUGCAGAUUUCAUUCCAGCACACGUGGCUUUUGACAAAAAGGUGCUCAAAUUUGAUGGAUACUUUCAAGAAGAUGUUCCUAUGUCUACAGAAGAGCAUUUCCGCAUUCGUCAAGUGGGCAUUUAUUACUAUUUGGAAGAUGAUAGCAUGUCUGUCAUGGAGCCCAUUGUUGAAAACUCAGGGAUUCCUCAGGGCAAGUUCAUCAAAAGACAGCGUUUGCCCAAAAAUGAUCGUGGGGAUCAUUAUCAUUGGAAAGAUCUGAAUCGAGGAAUUAAUAUUACUAUCUAUGGCAAGACUUUCCGGAUAGUUGACUGUGAUCGAUUCACCCAGACUUUUUUGGAAAGCCAAGGAAUUGAAGUGAACCCGCCAGAGCAAAUGAUUUUUGAUCCUUAUAUAGAGCUACGUAAAAUGCCUCCACGUAUGUAUGUCACCCCCUCAGAUUUUGAUCAACUUAAGCAGUUUUUGGCAUUUGACAAAAAGGUUCUUCGUUUUUAUGCCAUUUGGGAUGACACUUGGAACAUGUUUGGUGAAAGCCGGAGAUUUAUUAUCCACUACUACUUGGCAGAUGACACAGUGGAGGUGCGGGAAGUUCAUGAACGAAAUGAUGGCAGAGAUCCUUUCCCAGUGCUGAUAAGACGCCAGCGCCUGCCCAAAGUUUUUUGGGAGAAGAAAGACACCUUCCCAACCUGUGUGCUGGAGAUUUCUGAUCAGGAGGUCUUAGAAUGGUUUACAGCUAAAGAUUUUGCAGUUGGCAAACCCACUACUCUACUUGGACGUACUUUUUUCAUCUAUGACUGUGAUGAGUUCACGCGACAAUUCUAUCAGGAUAAAUUUGGCAUCACUGACUUCCAAGCAGUUGAUGUAAAGAAGCCACUCCCAGAGGAAAUCAAGCAGAUAAUUCCUCCCUACAAUGGUUAUGGUUUCCUUGAAGACUCUCUUCAAAACUGUUUCAGUUUGAUUCCACAACCCCCUAGGAAAAAUAUUAUUAAAAUGCUAGAGAAUGACCACAAAAUUUUGCGCUAUGCUGUUAGAAUGGAAUCCUCAAACCCUGAUGACAGCAAGAGACAUUUCGUUCUCUCCUAUUGCCUCGCUACUGACAUGAUAAGCAUUUAUGAACCACCUGUGCGCAAUUCAGGAAUUAUUGGUGGCAAGUACCUAUGCAAAACCAGAAUCCCAAAGCCAGGAUAUUCUACAGACGAUCCUGUUUAUUAUGAACCUGCCGACUUAACCAUAGGCGCUAUGAUAGAAGUGUUUGGCCACAGGUUCAUUAUUGUGGAUGCAGAUAAUUAUGUGUUGAAUUAUAUGGAAAGCAAUUUGGAAAGCUUCCCAGCAUCUGUUGUGCAGUCUAUGAGAAAUCAUUUUGCACCCCGCAGGGCAGCAAUAGAGGAACUAAAGAGGUUAGCUUCCAAUGAGCCUGACCCACAGGAGCUAGCUGCAUUAUUGGAGCAGAUUCAGGAACACAUGAGGCGGCAUAAUUAUCUGCCAGACAGCAGUAUGCAGGAAGCUUUCCUUCAGCAAGAUAAAGAUGGCUCAGGGCUUCUAAACAAAGCAGAGUUCUUCACCCUUUGUGACCAUUUUAAAAUACCAACUGAUGACCCAAUUUUCCAAAAGCUUAUUAAGAUGUGUUCUCAUGGGGAAAAUCAGAUAAGAUACCCUGACUUCCUCAAAGCUUUCCAGUGUUGAUCAGUUCAAAACUAGCAGUUACCAGAUGUACAAGAUCAAUUUCAAUUAAAAACACUAAUUAUUGAAAGCUG